GUAUUUGCGUACCAUACUUUUGAUGAACAUUGAUUGUAUCGACUCUUGUAUUCGAUUUCAUAGCAAUAAAUGAAUUAGACGUUAUAAAAGAAAAAGACAACAGAUCUCCAUGGAUCCCGCUUCUUCUUCCUCAAAUCAGCGCAACCGAAUCGUCUCUUCUGGGGAAAGACCAGUGAUGGCCGAUAAUGGCGUCCAACAGGUUUCUCACGAAGACGAAAGGAACAUUGUUUCUUCUUCUUAUUCUUCUUCUUCAAUUGUUCCUUCUCCUGAUCCCGCGCCGUAUUAUAACGUUCUUCAAACCCCUACCAAUCUCUAUCAUUACGAUUGGGAUGUUGCGCAUUCUGGUUACGCACAAGGCAUCAAUAGUUGGGAUGGUUAUCCACGAUAUGCUGCUACUUCCCCUGAAGGCCUGCAUGUCCCACCGGUUGUUUACAAUGACAAUUCAUCUCUUAUGUACCAAUAUCCUGGUUAUGGAUUCAACCCUUAUCCUUCUAUAAUGUUGGAGGGCCAAAUUCCAGUCUCUCCAGCUUAUUACCCACCUUAUGGUGCACCUUCUGCUAUGCAUUAUAUACCCUCAGAUAUUGACCCGACUUCUGCUUAUAUGAUUCCUUUUGGGCAAUAUGGUGGAGGCAAUUAUUCCGGAAAUCAAGGGGACACCUCUUUAACAUCUCAUAUACCUUAUCCUCAAACGAUGGGUAUACUUGGGCCAUAUGACCAUACUGCUUCACAGGUACCGUUGCAUGGGAGUGGGGUUGCUUCAAGCUCUUCUUUGGGAGGUUACUAUCAUGUAGGAUCUUACCAGAGUCCCAACUCUAUCUCCUCAUAUUAUGGAGCUGAUAAUCGAGCCAGAUUAACCUCCGACCUAGGUAAACGGCGAGAGAAGGAGCAGGGCUCUGUAUCUAUGACCAAUGAUCUGUAUGGUAACCGAGGACCAAGGGCAUCCAGCAGGGUAAAGAGCAAAAACAGCUCUAAACUUUGCUCUACUACUGGUGAUUCAACGAGUGAUUCAAGUACAGCUGGACCAAAUCCCAGUUUGUACAACAAUCCAGAAUUUGUGACAGAUUACAAGAAUGCCAAAUUCUUUAUCGUCAAGUCAUUUAGUGAAGACAAUGUCCACAGAAGUAUCAAGUACAAUGUCUGGGCUAGCACACCGCAUGGCAACAAAAAAUUAGAUACUGCUUAUCGGGAUGCUGAGAAGAUGGGUGGAAAGUGUCCAAUCUUUCUGUUCUUUUCGGUAAAUGCUAGUGGACAAUUCUGUGGGGUGUCGGAAAUGGUUGGACCUGUAGAUUUUGAAAAGGAUGCUGGUUACUGGCAGCAAGACAGGUGGAGUGGGCAGUUCCCAGUGAAAUGGCAUAUUGUGAAAGAUAUACCGAAUAACCGAUUUUGUCAUAUUCUUUUACAAAACAAUGACAACAAGCCGGUAACGCACAGCCGAGAUUCUCAGGAGGUGAAGCUACGUCAAGGGAUUGAGAUGCUUAGAAUUUUCAAAGAAUACGAGGCAAACACAUCAAUCCUCGAUGAUUUCGGCUACUAUGAUGAGUUAGAGGGGCAAAAGGUGGGAGAAGAUGGAACAAGGAAAGAAGCUGGGGAAGAAGAGACCUCCGUGGAGCAGUUAUCAGAGCGUCUUCAAGCUGUCACAGUAGAAGAUGGCAAGGAGGAGGAAAAAGAAGAGUUAAUAGCUGAUUGAUACAGUAAUCGUAAGUAGAAGGAGACAUUCUUUUUGGUAACAAUAAGCAAAUGGGGGUUGUCUGUUUUUCUUUUUGGGUGGGGAUGUAUACUAAAAAGCUAAGGGUAAAAAAUCCAAUUCCUUGUA